AUGGAUUUCAAAUUUCCUCAUAAAAGUGCAGAAAGAGUGCAUGAACUGAAUGAAGAAAUAGGAAAGCUUUUGGCUAAAGCUGAACAACUUGGGGCUGAAGGAAAUGUGGAAGAAUCUCAGAAGGUCAUGCAAGAAGUAGAAAGAGUACGUACAAAAAAAAGGGAAGCAGAGGAUGAAUAUAGGAAUUCAAUGCCCGCUUCUAGCUUUCAACAACAGAAGUUGCGUGUCUGUGAAAUUUGUUCUGCAUAUCUGGGUCUGCAUGAUAAUGAUCGUCGGCUUGCUGAUCACUUUGGGGGCAAACUGCACUUGGGGUUUAUUCAAAUCCGGGAGAAGUUAGAUCAUUUGAAGAAAAUUGUUGCAGAGAAGCAAGAAAAAAGAAAUCAGGAGCGCUUAAGGAGGCGAGAAGAAAGGGAAAAAGAAGAAAGGAUGAAAAGGAAGUCCAGAUCACGUAGCAGGGAUCGCAAGAGAUCAAGAUCACGUGAUCACAGGCGAAAACGUUCGGGUUCCCCCAGCCAUGAGCGGCGUAAAUCAAGAUCCAGAUCCAGAGACCGUGACAGGCGCCGAAGGCACAGGUCCCGUUCACAUAGUCGCAGCAGAGGACACUGUCGCAGUUCAAGAGACAAAAGCAGGGAGCGGAGUUCGAAGCAUAAGUCUUCAAGGGAUCGAUCUCCUAGGGGAAAAUCAAGAGAUAAGGAUCGAAAGGAGAAGAGUUCUUCAGAAAGGAAACAUGAGAGUACAAAUGGGAAGUCAGAAUUUAAUGCAGCAAGUCCAGAAGAAAGGGAAGCUGGUGAAAUUUGAACUGUUGACUGAACUAAAAUAGUUAAUGUAAAGCUCUAAACCUGACAACAUUCUUUCAGCCUUCUUUGAAUUUUCCCAUGUUUAUAUGAUUUCUGCCAUUUAAAAACUUCUCAUUGGCAGAGAAAGUAUUAGAUUUCUGUAGCUGGCGAUAUAUAUUGUUUUUCAGUAGUGUUACAGCCUUUGUCCAGAUUCAGUUUAUUUAUGAAUAUUAAAAUAAGUGAGUCCAUAUAUUUUCUUUUAAAGUUAUCUUUUGAACUAGCAUGGAACAAAGCAACUUUAGGCUUUCUAAGUACCUGUCAGUAGUUUAGUCACCACCCUGUAAUAAAACUGAAUAAAUUUACGUCUCCCCAAUGGGAUAUGUGGGUACCUGGCUACAUAAGUGUUUGAUUUCACUAAGAAUUCACCUUUUUAUUGUUGCAAUUUCAGUGAGAGAAUUAUAGAAACAACAAAUGUUAUGCUAUCUUUCAGGCUUUCUGUAGUUCUUAUGUCAAAAUUGUAACGGACAAGGGGUGAUGACAAAUCGUGUGUAUUUUUCCUGGUUGACUUUUUUUCAUUUAAAAAAUCCUCCUGAUAAUUUUGUGAAACUAACUUUAUUAAUCUAAAAGCUAAUUGGCAUGUCAUGGUUCUGAGUAUUUUCAUCUGCAAAUUAUAUUGCAGCAAAGGUUCAUUGAAGCUGAAGAUAAAAAAUAGACAGCGAACUUGCUUUGAGGUCAAUUUGUUAGGAACAUUUCAAUUUUUGGGGGGGAAUGUAUAAUUCUUGAGGGGUAAACAUUUCUGCAAGUAAAACAAUUAUCAUUUGAACAAUUAAAAUAAUUUUAAUUGAGAUCAACACUAGUUAUCACCAGAGUCUGCUUUCACACCAUCGUUUUGCAUCACUUUAGGGUUGCUUCUGGUGAGUAUUCUGACAAGAAUGACAAUAUAAGUCAAGUUCUCAAUGCAAGCGAAUAGGGAGUUGGAGUGGGGAGAAACUGUAGCACUUGGAUUUCUUGCUGUGUGACCUUUUACUCCAGCCUUAUUCAAAUCAGAUUUGAAGUGCCCUCAGUUCACUGACAUUUCAUAAAUUUAUUUGAAAUCCAUUCAUUAUCAAAAAAAGCUUUCUGCUGCCACCAAUCUUCAAGUGUUAAAAUUUAACCAGUUGAGCCUGGCUCAGUGUAACCCACAACAAAAUGCAACUUGCAGUAUACCUUGGAUCUGCCAGCAAUGCGUAAUCUUCUAGACUAAAUGCAGUGCUAAAUGUAAUAAAAUGGCAGCAAGCAUUGAUUGUAAUCCAUUCGAAUAUCACCAUUUCAUAUGACUUUUUUUAUGAACUGUAAAAAUACAACGUUCCAACUUAUAUAUCUCCUAAUGCUUACAAGGCUUUUAGUUGUAAUAUUUUUUGUUGCAUGCUCAGGAUCAGGGGCAACAACCAUAGACUUACUAUUACAGAUUUUACUGUGCUGUUUACAGUAGAAGCAAGUUCAAAAACAUUUGGGAUUUUCCUGAUAAUUUUAACAGCAUCUUAUUGUGCUGCAUAUCAGUUUUAAGACUUUACAGACUCUGGUGUUUUAUUUUGAAAGGUUUGUUCAUUGACAGUCUCUAGAAAUAUAAGCAUUUUUGUUUUAAGUUUUACAUUUAACAAGUUACAGGAUGGAAUUGAUUUGAUUAGUGAAAGUAAUUAAGAUGUACUCGCUCUUAGUGCACUAAUCAUCAAUAAAACCUACAUGCAAUUUGUUUUUUAACACUUUUCCAAAGUUUAGAGUGAAAUGAGUUUUCUUUUUUCCGAUAAUCUUUCCUUUGUACAUGUCAAUAAAAACAUUCCAAUUUCAUUUUACAUACUGAGAAUGAUGAAAAAAAGUCAUGUUUCUUUUUUUUAAAGAAAGAAACCUUUGAUGAAAGUGUUCUCAUCAAUAAAGGGAAAUGGUUAAAUUCA